AUGGGUGUGCAUUCUACUACAAGUAUGAUGGCCGCUGGAUUUUCUUAUACGGGUUGUGGUGAUACAGCCGAUUGUAAUGUUUGUAAACUGAAAGUAUCAGGAUGGACAUCAGACAUGAACCCAUUUACUAUUCAUGCACAAAUGAGUCCUAAAUGUGAAUUCAUUCGCUCUAUGUUGCCGGAGGGAAUAAAUUCCGCCUCAGCGGCAAGUACUACUCUUGCAACAAUUUCAACAAUUUCAGAUGAUGAGAAGGCAACCAAACGUCAUAAAAUCGAAAUAGCACAAGCAAGUUGUCCACCUAGACUUAUUGAAGUUGAUAUAGUAAAGCGAGCUAGAAAACGUACCUUUUCGAACUGGCCACAUCGAAUAUCACCUUCCAGUGCACAAAUGAUUGAAGCUGGAUUUUUUAACUCCAAUGUAGGGGAUCGAGUCAUUUGUGUAUAUUGCAAUAUGAUCUGCCAACAAUGGACUCCAAACACUGACAAUCCAGUGGAAAUACACAAAACACUUUCUCCUAAAUGUCCAUAUGUGCUUGCAAUUCUUGAUCGUCAGCAACUAUCAGCUAUCCAAAUUAUGAAUGAUCAGUUCAUGAGAGAUAAUUGGACAGGGGCGAUUAAUGCAGAUACACUUCGUUGUGGCGAUAUAGUGAAUACGAUUGCCUGUCAUCAAAAUUAUAUGGAAAUCCCACGGCGUUACGCAUCAUUUGCUACAUGUCCCACUGAAAAUCUACCAUCCGUUGAGAAUUUAGUCAAAGCAGGCUUCUUUUAUACCGGUAGUAAAAAUAUUGUAACGUGCUUUUAUUGCAAUGGAUCAUUACAGAACUGGGGAGUAAACGAUAAUCCAAUGAUUGAGCAUGCUCGUUGGUUUCCACACUGCGGAUAUGCAAAACAAUUAUGCGGUGCAGAAUUGUAUAGGAAAAUCCAGGAGUCUAAAAGAGCUCAGCAAGAAAAGGCUGGUAUAAAUGAACCCAGUAAACUAUGCGAAAAUGAAGGCAGCUUGAAUAGUAAAGGCCAGCUUACUAUUUCGGAUGAGAGCACUUUAUCAAGACUGGUAGCGGCUCGACUUGACUUACCGAUUUCGCAAUAUAUACUUAAACUUAAAUUCAAGCUUUCCAUCAUAAAACGUUGUUGGGAAGAUCAACUUAAACUCAAGCACGAAGAUUUUCUUGAUGAGUGUGAUCUAUUUAUGGCAUGUAUUAUUCUUCUGAAACAGAUUGAGAAAAUUGAUGGAAAAAAAGAAAACAUUAUUGUUCCUAGUGUAAAGAUGAAUCAGAUUCGUGAUUUAGCACAAGCAGAGAUGAAUGCUCGCGCACAAGUUCCCUGUGCAACAACACUUACAGAUUCAUUGAACAAUACGGAUGAUAAUAAGUCCUCAUUCUCCGAAUCAGUUGUGGACGAGACAGCUUCCAAGGCAUUGCCAGUGAAAGUGAAUGAGCAGCAAGAUACGAAAGCAGAAAAAGUGGUAUCGUCUAGAAAAAAGCCUGCAAAUGUGUCAUCUUCGCCGCAGGUGUGCGUAUUGUGCUUGGAAGAGGAGAGAAGUCUAGCUUGUCUGCCUUGUGGUCAUCUUGCCACGUGCGUUCCUUGUGGGCACUCUCUUCGUUCGUGCCCAAUUUGUCGGACAGCAAUCAAUAGUUAUGUUCGCAUCUAUACAUAA